UGCACUAGGCGUGACGAUGUUGGUUCUUUCUGCGACGCUCGUAAAAAAAUUAUAAAAAAAAUGAUUCGUCAUCCACCUCACGCAAGGCAGAUAUAAAUGAACGUACCCCGCGAUAACGUGCAUCAUAGCUCGGUAGCGAGAUGAAAAAGCGAGUCGUAAUAUUCGGCGGCACCGGCAACACCGGCCUCUGCUCCCUGAGAACCGCCGUGGAAAACAGCCUGGAGGUGAGAGCCUUUGUGAGAGAUGAGGCCAAGAUUCCCGAGGAUCUUAAAAGUAAGGUUGAAUCGGUCGUCGGAGAUGUCACUGACGCGAAACAGGUUGCAGACGCGGUGGCUGGUAGAGACUUGGUCGUGGUAGUACUUGGCACCAGGGAGGACUUGGGCCCUACUACCGUCCUAUCUCAAGGCAUGAAGAAUAUAAUAGAUGCCAUGAAAGCGCAUAAUGUCGAGCUGGUCUCCGUAUGCUUAUCAACGUUUCUGUUCCUUAAACUUGAAGCAGUGCCCGCUAUGUUUAGAGAUGUGACUGAAGAUCACCAGCGCAUGUUUGAUAUGAUCAAAUCGAGUGGCUUGAAGUGGGUGGCGAUAUUGCCACCACAUAUUGCAGAGACACCAAAGUCCAAGUACACCGUCACCUUCGAUUCUUCACCCGGCCGAGCAAUCUCCAAACACAACUUGGGCGCGUUUCUCGUCGAGUGCCUCGAGAAUCCGAAUUAUCACCAAAAGGUCUGCGGCAUCGCAAAUACAUCAUGAUGCGAGAAGGAAUGUAGAGAUAUAUAAGUAAGAAGCAUGUAUUUUUUAGUGGAAAUAUAAAUAUAUGUAUAUAUUUAUGUAAACAUCUGUUAUAUCAUGUUCGAUAAGUUUAGCAUUUGUAGAAUUCACUCGAAUUGCAUGAGUUGGAUGGAUAGAAACUUGUCAAACGCAUUGUGUUCUGUCGCUGGAAUAUAAGGGACGAGAAAAGAAUAAUGUUCGAAAUAAAUACAGGUGUUUUCUCUGGUGAGGGAAAUUAUACUAAGAAGCUGAGUACGAAUCCGCGCUUGCUGAUCCAUCCACAAUUAUAAAAAUAGCUACUGUAAAGCUCGAAAAAUAAGUGUGGCGCUCUAUUUUACAACUUGUAAAUAAGAAUAGAAUUUUAUGUGUCCAGUGCUUCGCGUCGCUCGGGCUGGAAAAUUAAAUACAUGUUCAAUCGAGAAUGAUUUCAUGUCCCGGUAGCACAAGACAAUCGAUAUGUACUAAUGAAUAUGAUUUCCUAAGUGACAGACUCAAGUUCUUCAUUAAUGGAUAAUCGCAUAAGAGUCUAGAUCAAUGAGCAUGUUAUGUAAAUCAAUAUGGCGACUCAAUGCUCGAUGAUCAUUAGUUUGAACGGUUUUUAUGCUCUGCAUAAUACAGCUAUGCAAUUUGUGUGCGAUGGCCCAUUGGGCCUCAAGUGCAUGCACAAGGAAAUAAACCAAUCAAUUUGUUUAUGCA